GUCCGCCUGAAACAUUGUCACCGUCGGCGCUCUACGCAGGUGGCGCGUAUUACAUGUGCCUUCCCGCAAUGCCAAGGCAUUGCUGCGCCCAAGGCUGUUAUAACAGCAUCGUCGGUCGCCACAUGCCGUCGCACACGUUUCCCAGUGACGAGAAGGUGCGUAAACUUUGGAUACGUGCCUGUCAGGCCAUCACGCCCAGCCUGGAGACCUAUAAAAUAUGACUUCGUUUGCGCGGACCACUUCGUCGACGAUGAUUACGUGACCAGCCCGGCUGUGCUGAAAAGCCUCGGCAUGCCGCUCAAGGGGCAACGACUAAAACCUGGCGCUGUGCCCUCGGUUUUCUCACGAAAACGCAAGGCAGAGAGGGUCAGCGGCGCGUUUGAAAAGAGGAGGCGAAAAGAGAUCAUUGAUGAAAUAUUGCAACCAGCAACCACAGGAGAAGCCUUCCACAAAGAAGCUGUUCACGUCCAAGGAACGCAGUGUGAUGCUUCUGAAAUGCGUACCCCUUCAAUUGAGCAGGAUCAGUUUGAAGAAGUCACCCAAGCAGUUUCCUGUCAACGCAGUGCAGAAGCAUCUACAAAUAGCUGGCAAAACAGUGAGCGUGAGGCACAUCAAGAGAAAUGCCGUGAAGCACUACACCAGCAAUUUGCACCAGAACCUCAUGCCGCCGAUGAAAGACAAGUUACACCAAAAGCACUCCAGGCUGAUGAAGCUGUUCAGACAUCAUUAACCUGCAGAGACUGGGGAACACAGGUUAAGAUCCAAGCGAAGUCCUGUAGUAUUUCAACUAGCUGCUUUAUGUCGCCACGGUCUUCGACACCAUGCCAGAUUUGACAGAUACAUCUGAAGCGGAAAAUGCUGAGAAUGAAAACGGGAACCAAAAGGAUCCUUCCUUUGUCCUCUCUGAUUUCAGUUUGGCUGAAGACAGCACUGAUCACACAGCCGUGCCUCGUUAUGAAGAGAGGAAGUUCAUUGUUUUCGAAUCUAGUCUGGAUGAACUGCUCUCGGUCUGCCCUCUGUGUUCACAUCCGUGCAGAGCAAUUGAUAAAAAUGUGAAAGGCACGUUAUUGCAGGUGACACGCAUGUGCAUAAAUCACCACGUUUCUAAAUGGGCAACACAGCCAAUGAUUAAUUGGAAGGCAGCUGGUAACUUGCUUCUUUCUGCAGCAGUAUUUUUUUCAGGCUGUAAAGCUUCGAAGUUUUUUAGGGCACUCAGGAGUGUGGGUGUUGCCUGCAGCAGUGACAAAACACACUUCAGAGUCCAAAAUGCAUUCCUCAUUUCUGCAGUCACCAAGGUCUGGACACACCAACAAAACGUCCUUUUUGAUGAAGCCAUUGGCCGUCCACUCCGGGUUGCUGGGGAUGGUAGGGCAGAUUCCCCGGGACAUUCCGCCAAAUAUGGGACAUACUCUCUUCUGGACAUAGAGCUGAACAAGGUGCUGCACAUCGAAACUCUCCAGUCAAAUGAAACCAAGGGCAGCAACCAUAUGGAGCUACAAGGCCUCAAGAGGACACUGCAAAUAUGCGAAGCUAAUGGCCUCGAGAUUUCAACUCUGGUUACUGACCGUCACUCUCAGAUAAAGGCAUUUACAUCAAAGGAGACCUCCAUAGAGCACAACUUUGAUUGCUGGCACGUUGCCAAGAUGCUCAAAAAGAAGCUGACAGCAGCAGCGAAGCUCAAGAAGUUUCAGGAGCUGGCUCCAUGGAAUACCUGCUGUCGUCAACCACCUGUAUUGGUGCGCUCUCUCAAGCCGGGCGCAACCUGACCUAAUUCUCGCUAAGUGGCGCUCUCUUGUCCGUCAUGUCGUAGACAUUCACGUACAUGAUGAGAGCCUUUAUCAAAGGCGCCAGCAUGAGCCAUUGGCUAAGAAGAAGUGGCUGGAAGAAGGAUCACCAGCGCACCAAAAACUGAAAGCCAUCAUCCUAAACAAGGCUUUGCUCAAAGACAUUCCUCGACUAUCCACGAGUGCACAAACAUUUCAUCACUCAGUUUUCUCCGAAAAAUACCCAUUUUGGGUAUUGCAGUAUGGUAUCAAGAACACGCCUUGCCGCACUUCACUAUAAUGAAAAUAGUGCAAGGCAGCAAGCAACCACUGACGAUGGGACAAAGAGAUGGCUGGUGAAAUACCCAAAGGCAAAAAAGGCUGCCGUUGUCGCACCAGUGAAAGAAUCUUGCACAUACGGUACUUAGUUUCCAUAUUUUUGCACACACAUUGUCAUUUACUACGCUUUGUUGUUCCAGGCUAUGUGAACGACUUGCUGAAGUGUGCUGUGGACCUGUGCCACAAUGCGAGCUCCUACAGGAAGGCAUUGGAUCAUGCAAGUAUGAAAGUGCCACCUCCACUUUCAAGCAACUUCGAACGUGCUGACAAAGAAUCUCUCGUGGCAGCACAUACAAGGCGCUUUAAUAUUUGACUAACGUAAGGCUACUUUCCUUUCAUGUUUCAUCUUGAAUUGAAGGGUCUUGUUUCACUGAACAAGACAUGUCAUUUUGGCAGGAAACACUGGGUGUUUAUUGAGGAACUGCUAUCAUGCGUCCAGGUAGCCAGUGUAAUGCCC